CCAAUCAUCUAAAGACCCAUCCCCUUCAUUUCUCUGCUCACUUCUUCCUCUUCCUCCCUAUCUGUCUCUCUGUGAGCAUCCGCCAUGGCGAAGGACUGCGGCAAGCAUGGAGACGGCAAGGAGAAGCUGUACCGGAAGCUCUUCGCGGCGCUUCUGGCCUUCAUCAUCGUCGUGCUGUUCGUGAUCCUGGUGAUAUGGCUCGUGCUCCGGCCGACGAAGCCCUCGUUCGUGCUGCAGGACGCCGACAUCAUGGAGUUCAACCUGACGGCCCCCAACCUGCUGACGUCGAGGAUGCAGGUGACGGUCGCGUCGCACAACCCCAACGGCCGGGUCGGGAUCUACUACGACCGGCUGGAGGUGUACGCCACCUACAUGGGCCAGCAGAUCACCCUCCGCACCGUGCUCCCCUCGACCUACGAAGGCCACCACGACGUCAACGUCUGGUCGCCUUUCCUUCUGGGGCCAAGCGUCCCCAUCGCUCCUUACCUCGCCGCCUCCCUCGACCACGCCCACGAGUACGGCGUCGGACCCUUCUCCAUCCGCGUCGACGGCCGCCUCCGGUGGAAGGUCGGCAGCUGGACGUCCGGCCACUACCAUAUCCACGUCGAGUGCGACGCCUACCUCUCCUUCUCCGGCCGCUCCACCCACACGGUCUUCCCGACGUCCCAGUGCUACACCGACGUCUGAGCGCCGUUCCCCUUCUUCUCCGCUGUAAGAUCGCCCUGCCCUGCCGAUCCCCUUUUCCUCCCUUCCUGUACACAUCUUUUCUCCCUAAGGAUAUUUUAGUCAAUUGAGGUCACUCCAAGGCGGUGCCAAGCCGGUAAUAACAUGAGGAAAGCGGUAAGAAACCAAAACAAAUAGCCUGUAAAGGAGCAGCCUUGUUUUCGUAAUUUGUAUAGCGUGCGGCUCCUUGUAUGAAUUUUCCAAUUUUCUUUUGAAUUUUAUUUUUGUGGGUUUGGAGAAGCGAAGUGAGAAAAAGCGGUGUAUAAUGUAUUGAUUGUGCGCCUUUUGCACUCAUUAUAUCGAGAGCCAAGGUCAUAGUAGGGGUAAAUAUGUCAUUUCAUAAGU